UCCCGAUGUAAAGUUCCGGUCAGGCGGGCCGGAAGAACCUACCGUCGCUCCACGCUCGGCAUCAGUCUCCAUGGGAAAGGAAUCCCGAGUCUUCUGAAGUGAACCAGAGCGGUUUAGUGGGAGCGGGGCCCACCCAGGCGAGGAGGACCAGGGAAUUCCGCCUGGACAGUGUGUCGAACAUGAACGAUUGGGUGCCCAUCGCCAAGGAGUACGACCCACUUAAAGCUGGCAGCAUCGAUGGCACUGACGAAGACCCACACGAUCGUGCAAUCUGGAGGGCGAUGUUGGCACGAUACACCCCCAACAAAGGCGUCACAGGAGACCCCCUUCUCACUCUGUUUGUGGCCAGACUCAACCUGCAGACCAAAGAGGAAAAGUUAAAGGAAGUGUUUUCACGCUAUGGGGAUAUCCGGCGGCUUCGGCUGGUGAGGGACUUGGUCACGGGCUUCUCAAAGGGCUACGCCUUUAUCGAAUACAAAGAGGAGCGUUCUCUGCUCAAAGCCUACCGGGAUGCUGAUGGCCUGGUCAUCGACCAGCACGAGAUAUUUGUGGACUAUGAACUGGAGAGAACCCUCAAAGGGUGGAUCCCUCGGCGAUUGGGAGGGGGCCUGGGGGGGAAAAAGGAAUCUGGGCAGUUGAGGUUUGGGGGGCGGGAUCGGCCUUUUCGACAGCCCAUUAACUUGCCAGUAGUUAAAAAUGACCAGUUUCGAGAGGGAAAGAGGGAGCGGAGGGAGCGAUCUCGAUCCCGGGAAAGACACUGGGACUCCAGGAUGAGGGAUCGGGGCCAUGACAGGGGCCGGGACAAGAGGUGGCAGGAGAGAGAACCAGCAAGGGUGUGGCCUGAAGGUGACUGGGAGAGAGAGAGGGACUUCAGAGAUGACAGGGUCAAGGGGAGGGAGAAAAGGGACAGAAGUAAGUAGACCCCCCCCAUCUCCCACUCCCCUUGCCAGAGGAAGGUGCAGCAUCAGUACAAGUUCAGGGAGAACUGCCUCACUUGUAUAUGGAUUCUAAGUCCAGGGGUGGAAUAAAAUGUACUGAUGAUAAUCAGGUUGAGGUUUCCUUUUGAUGACUUUGGAACCCAGGUUCUACCUGAACAUGUUGAUACUCUUCAUUUUCUCUUCAUCUUAGAGUUUUUUUGGUUUUUGUUUUUGUCAUUUUUGCCUUUUCGAGGGCCGCUUCCCACAGCAAAUGGAGAUUCCCAGCCUAGGGGUCUAAUUAGAGCUGUAGCCACUGGCCUACACCAGAGCCAAAGCAACUCGGGAUCCGAGCCGCGUCUUUGACCUACACCACAGCUCACGGCAACGCCAGAUCCUUAACCCACUGAGUGAGGCCAGGAAUCGAACCCGAAAUUUCAUGGUUCCUAGUCGGAUUCGUUAACCACUGUGCCACGAUGGGAACUCCUAUCUUACAGUUUUAAGGACAUGUUAUUUGAUAAGCUUGAGAAACAGUUUUGUAGGCACUGGCACCUGUAUGGAAGGACCUGUGUAAGGAGCUACCACCGUCAUUUAAUUUGGUAGCAGAGAAUUCCCCAUCUAUUGGAGUGUCCACUCGGAAGGAUUGACAAAAAGAGGUGAUGACCAAAAAUCAUUUGCAUUGAUGUGACUCCUGGGAACCCCAGUUUCGUCAGAACUUAAGUUGUAUCUUUUCUAUCUUUAUGUCCAUAGUGCAAGGUUGGUUUUUGUUUUUUUGUUGUUGUUGUUGUUUUUUUAAUUUUUAUGCCCUCACCCUGGCCAUAUGGAAAUUGCCAGGCUGGGGAUUGAGUCUGAGCUGUAGCAACACCGUGUUUUUUAACCCACUGUACUGGGCUGGGAAUUGGAACUCACACCUUCACAGUGACCCUGCUGCUGCAGUUGGAUCCUUAACCCACUGAGCCACAAUGAGAACUCCCACAAUGCAAGGGUUUGCUGAAUUGAAAUAAAAAUGGGAUAGAGAAAUGAAUCCAAGGAGAAUGUCCAGGGACUUGGUACUACAAGCCAGUCUUCACAGUGAUCUGGAUUGGCAACCAGCUUCUCUUGAACAAAUAGAACUCCAUUCUCAAGCCAAAUGCUACUUUUUCCUUUCCUUUUUUGGUACAGUGGCUGGCGUGUAAGAUAAAAGACCCCAGAGUUGCAGGAAUGGUCUGUGGCAAUCUUUCAGCCCUCUGAAGGAGAAAGCUCAAAAGAAGUGAGUGAAAUGCAAGGGAAGUCAAUGAGAGGUUCAUGUCUAGUUCUGAUGGAUUGAUUUGCUUUUUCCCUCUUGAUCAUCCAGGCUUUGUCUUUUUGAGAGCUGGAUCUACAGACCUUAAUUUCUGAGGGCUUCGAAUAAGUACCAUACUGUUCACGUGAUUUUCAAGAAAGUUGCAUUUAACAUUUUUGUUUUAUCCAUGACUGUAUCUUUGAAUUUGAAAAUUCAGGUUCUUAAAAUUUAAGAUGUCUCAUGCAAAAUGUCUGAUUUUAGCAUCAAGACUCACAUUCAUUACUAGGAAUAUGAAUCUCAUUGUUCUAUAGGGAACCUAUGGUAUCUUAAAAUUGCUCUCAACUGUUAGAACCAUUUAGAAAAAUAUACUCUUUCCUUUGUACAUUUCCAGUGCAGAAUUUUACUAUCUCCUAAGUGUCAGAAAACAGCCUUGCAGGAACACCCUUCUGAUUUCACCCCCAUUUCAUUUACAAAGUGUGUUGUAAGAAAAAAAAAAUAAAAAGGAAAAAGAAAGAAAGAAAGAGAGGAAGUUCCUUUUGUGGCUCAGCAGAAACGAGCCCAACUGGUAUCCAUGAGGUGGGUUCGAUCCUUGGCCUCGCUCAGUGGGUUAAGGAUCUGUCGUUGCCUCCAGCUGUUGUGUGGGUCACAGACACGGCUAGGAUCAGCAGCUACAGCUGUAGGUUGGCAGCUGCAGUUCUGAUUCCGACCCCUAGCCUGGGAACUACCAUAUGCCGUGGGUACCGCCCUAAAAAGCAAAAAGAAAGAAAACAGUGCAUUGUGGGCUAGAGUUAGGUACGUUAGCUAACAGGAGUGUUCCACAUCAGGGAAGGUGUGUUGUGUGUUAGAUUCAGAAGAAGUAUAUCCAGUGGCAGCUUUUACAUAGUCUGAGCUGGCAGUUGUCAACCCUGAGUACCAGAACAUGGAUGAAAAAAAUGUGCACACUCAGACCCACCCCUGGACAUUUGGACUUAGUCUUAUAUCAGUCCUAGUAACUAAAAAUUACAAAAAACAAACAAACAAAAAAA